GGCAAAAAGUUCUAUUGCACUAAUGACUGUUCGUUAAUUCCUUGUUCUUUUAUCGGUUGGUUUUAUGGGAAAGUGAGAACAAGCCGGCGUAAUGGACGGAAGAGGUUGGGCAGAUUUUGGUUCAGCAUCCACAGAUGACCAGCAUGAUGAUAACGAUGAUGACUGGGCUGAUUUUGGAGGUUUUGAGUCUGCUACACCAGCUACAAAUGGCAGUAACCAGUCUGGAUCUGUUAUCACAUGGGCUGCAGUUGCGACACCACCACCAGCCUCACCCAGUGCUGCUGCUACAUCUUUUAACCAACCAGCAGCUCACAUGAUGGCAUCAUCUAAUCCUGUGUCGUCAUUAACACCUCAGUUUUCACUGAAUACAACAACAUCUGAAGUUAGCAAAAGGUCAAGUUCAGCUGUGCCUAACCCUCUUGCUGCCGACAGCCAUUCUGACUUUAUUAACUCAUUUCUUUCAACCAGUCAAGACUUCACUUCUUCAACAACACCUGUAUCAUCAACAAAAUCAGCAGCAGAACAAGACAAGUUGAACAACAGAACAGAAUAUGAAAGCUUCCAUGCAGAUUUUUCUUCAUUCCUUAGUGAAGCCUUGACUGAACCAUCAGAGCUUCUUUCCAUUCCUUCUGAGGAUGGGAACACCAUCAAUGGAACAAAGUGUAUCUCUCAAGGAGAGAAAACUCAUUUAAAUGGUGACCAUUCUACAGUCAUAAGCAAAGACUAUGCCACAUCAAGCAUCACGGCAGGAAAUCAGCAAUCACAACAACACACUCCUGAUUCUUUUGAUACUCUAGAUAAUGAAGUUUCAUCAGCUCAAGAUAUACUAUCAGUUGUUAUGGCCCAACAGCAGCAGAAUGUACUCUUUGACAAGCCAACAGACAGCGGCCAGAAGGAACUGUCCCGGCAACUUCAAGAAGCAAGUGAAUCUAACAGGGAACUUGAGGAUAAGUUGAAAGGACUGGAAGGAAAACUCUCCAUUGCUGAGCAAGAGAAAGCACAGCUACAGAGGGACCUGGAUACACUUCUAGAGAAGGAUAAAACUAUUGAAGAGGAAUCAAAGAACCUUUCAGAAUUGCUUGCUAAACAGAAGGAGAAAUAUGCUCUUCUUCAGGAGCAGCAUGAAGAACAGAUAAAGGAGAUUAGAAAAGCUGGUCAUGAUACCUUGGCUGUCAUUGUUGAGGAAUACAAGGAAUUAUCAAGAAAAGCCGUAUUGGAGCAACGAGAAGAGAACAAGAUUCAGAUGGAAAAACUAUUGGAAGAUCAAAGAAAGAAAUUCCAGGAGUUCCUUCAAGAGCAGCAAGAAAGCUUUGAAAGAACGUUACAGGAUGAGACAAAGCGCAAUGAACAGAAAGCCAAUGAUUUACUAGAGGAAGAAAAACAAAGACACAAGGAAGAAAUUGAAUCCUACUUGGAUCAAGAAAGAUUAAAGAGCAAAGAAGCUAUAGACAAAUUUGUUGAGGAUGCGCGGCAGGAGAGGGCUGAAGCCGUGGAGAUGGCGAGGAAAGAGGAAAGGAGGAGAUAUGAAGAGUUCAUAUCAGAACACAAGGAAAAUAUAAAAACAUUAACAGACCAAGAAGGGCAAAGGCUACAGAAACUUGUGGAGGAGACUAUUAAGGAAGAGAGAGAAACCAGUAAAAUGGUACUAGAAGAGGUUGUGAAGGAGGAAAGACAAAAUGGAAAAGAGUUUGCGCACGAAAUAAAGGAUGAAACGAAGAGAGAAAUGUUGGAAUACUUAAAAGUUAAGCAAGAGGCCGAUAGAGCUGCUCGACAAAAGCACCUUCAUGGUUUGGACCUGUUCUUAGAAAGUGCAAGGGCUCAACUGAAGAUGUUGAUGGAGGACCAACAUGAAGAAGAUCCAGGCGAUUAGUGUUGUGGUGUAUAAUAUGAUGAUAAAAACGAAAGGGUCAAAUAAUAGGACACCAAGUGCUGUCCAAUUGCUUCGUUUAGGGACCUUUAAGCACUCAAAUUCGUUUCCCCUUAAAGAGGAAUCUAACUUUAGAAUUUGGAGAUUAAAUUUAAGUUAAAAUUUUUAUUAGUUAGGAGUUGACUUGUACAAGGUGAAAUUUUUAGUAAGAAUGUGUACGGAUUUGCAACUAAUUAUGAAGAAACCACUUUAUAUGAAUUUGCAAACAAUGGCUUAAUAUUAAAAAAAAAAUUAUAAUAACCAAAGUCGGCACAGUCUCUGUUAAUUGUACAGUGUUACCGCCAGACCGCGCCAUUGCGGGAAUCCCGCGUCGUAAUGAGAGAUGGCCCCAAGAAAAAUGAAGGCUGCAGGCUUAACACAGGCAUAGUAUUUUAAAAGACAUCCUAGGGCUCGAAAUUGCGACCGAUACGGUCGCCAAUGCAACUAAUAUUUCAUCUUUGGUAACCAAGCAAAAAUUCUGGUUUAGUUGCCAUAAUGGCAACUACAUUUCUCUGUGUUGACAAUCAAUAACCGUUAUUUUGUCACACAUUAUGCCAUUCUAGAAAAUGAUAUUGAAAGAUCUCUGCUUCUAAAACAUUCAACAUAAGAAACGAAGUCAAUCCAUCCCCUUUGCUUCUCUCACAUCGGAAAUUUCGAAAUGGCUUACCGUGUUCGAAAUCGCCCUAUAAUGCAUUGUAAAGCCUUGAUCAUUGACUAUGUCAUGUAUGCCUAUCGAUAUCUCUCUUAUAAUACACGGAUCCUUCAUUCUAAUAUCUGAUUCAAAAGAAACUAUUGAGUAGAGAUACUUCAAAAAGCACUUACUAUUAAAUUCUAU